AUGCUCCUUUUCGCCUGUCCUCUUGCUGGGGAGGAAGUUUUCGGACGCGACCCAAGUCCCUCCCCCUCGCUCCUAACUCCUCCCCCCAGUGCCCCGCCCCUCUGGAUCCAUGUGCAGACAGGAGUGGGACUGCCGCUCACGAGACAAGACUUCACAAGCCAGAUCAUCACCAUGGAAACCCCAAACACUAAGCGAGUGAGCAUGCGGGCCGUGUCGCCGGCGCGUAUCAGCCGGCUGCAGGAGAAGGAGGAGCUGUGUAACCUGAACGACCGUCUGGCCGUGUACAUCGACAAAGUGCGCUCCCUGGAGGCGGAGAACAGCAGCCUGCGCCUGCGCGUCUCCGAGUCCGAGUCCAGCGUCACACGAGACCUGUCGGGCAUCAAGGCGGCCUACGAGAACGAGCUCGCCGACGCACGCCAGACCCUCGACCAGGUCGCCAAGGAGCGCGCUCGCAUGCAGCUGGAACUGGGGAAGCUGCGGGCGGAGUACAACGAGCUGAAGGCCAGGAACAGUAAGAAGGAGUCUGAUCUGGAGGCGGCUCUGGCCCGGCUGAAGGAGCUGGAGGCGCUGCUCCACUCCAAAGAGGCGUCUCUGAGCACCGCGCUGGGGGAGAGGAGGGGGCUGGAGGGGGAGGUCCUGGAGCUCAGGGCCCAGGUCGCCACGCUGGAGGCGAGUCUGGCAGAUGUGAAGAAGCAGCUUCAGGACGAAAUGUUGAGGAGAGUGGACGCAGAGAACCGUAUGCAGACGGUUCGAGAAGAGUUGGAGUUCCAGAAGAACAUCUACAAAGAGGAGCAGAGGGAGAGCUUCUCGCGUCACCAGUCUCGUGUGAUGGAGGUGGACGGCAGUCGACAGAGAGACUUUGAGUCCAAACUUCAAGAGGCUCUGGCCGAUCUGAGAGCCCAGCACGAGGAGCAGGUCCGCAUGUACAAGGAGGAGGUGGAGAGGACUUACACUGCCAAGAUGGAGAACAUGAGGGACUCGGCGAACAGGAACAGUCACCUGGUGGGAGCAGCGCAGGAGGAGCUGACCCAGACCCGAGUCAGACUAGAGGGGAUGUCCGGCCAGCUGAGCCAGCUGCAGAAACAGCUCUCGGAGUCGGAGGCGCGUGCACGAGGGCUGGAGGACUGUCUGAGCCGUGAGCGCGACACGAUGCGCAGACGCCUGGAGGAGAAGGAGCGGCAGAUGAUGGAGUUGACAGCGCGCAUGCAGCAGCAGCUGGACGAGUACCAGGAGCUGCUGGACAUCAAGCUCGCUCUGGACAUGGAGAUCAACGCCUACCGCAAGCUGCUGGAGGGCGAGGAGAAGCGCCUGAGCCUGUCUCCUGGCUCCAUCAAGGAGACCAUUAGCCGCACGUCCGGGUCCGGGUCUGGGGGCUCAUUCACCAGAAACCUGUACUCCCAGACCUCGGCCAGCACCAAGUCCACCCCCAUGGCCCGCACCUCGUCUGGGACACAGAGGAGCUCAGUACAGGCCUCCUCCACCACCUCCUCCACCCAGGCCACAUCUGGUACCCAGGCCCAGCUCGCCUCCAGCACCCAGAUUUGUUUUGGGCUGUUUUAA